AUGAGAAAAGGUUUACAGCUGCUAUCAAUUUUAGCUCUGCUAUUUAUUUUUAACUUACAUCAAAUUAAUGGAUACGGCACUAGCUGCUAAUCAAAUGAGGAAUGCGAGUCUCUAUGGGAAUGGUGUGGAGAGACUUCUGACCAUAUGAGAUUCGUUUGCAAGCACAAAGACAUGUUCCCGAUGUUCUCGCUUGAGUUUAUUGGCUCAUUUUUCUGUAUUCUGAUAGUGAUGCUUGCUAAUUGUGGAGGACUAAGCUCAGGAGGUGUAGUUAUACCUGUGUGUCUUGCAUUUUACAAGUUCGACACUCGCUAAGCUAUUGCAAUGUCUAAUGUAUCGAUAUUAAUAUCUAUACUCAUAAGAUUUGUUAUUGAGUGGUAUUUUAUUGGCAAGAAUGCUAAUGCAAUCAACAAAAAUAAAGAUGUAGACUAUAAUAUGGCUUCAAUAAUGUCACCAUUCGUUAUAAUUUUUGCUGCUAUUGGAGUAAUUUUUGGAUAAGUAAUCCCUGAGUUAAUGAUUGGAGCCGGAUUUUUUAUCUUUCUAUUGCUAUAAUUCAUUCGAACUCUCCUAAAGGUCAUUACUCUUUACAAAUAAGAGAAUCAAAGAUUUAGAUAUUAAGAGGUUGAAUUAGCAAAAUAGUCAGUGAAUUUCGAAGAAGGAAUAAACAAAGCACUUUUCCAAUCAAUCACUAGAUAGGAUCAGUAUAUGCCAGUUGAGUCACUGAGAUAUCUCCAACCAGCAAUUUUUCAAAAUUCGCAGUAAAAGAGAAAUUCAUCUAGUGUAGUACUCGGAGAUAGUAUUGAAAUACAAUAAAGAUCUUUGGAGAACCAAAUUCUUCCAAUAAAUAUAGAGACUUAGACAGCCAAGAAAAGGAUUCAGAUUCAUAAAGACUAUUCUGAACUUAUUGGAAGUAUUAAAACUGUCGUUAUUGUGAUAAUGUUGGUUGUACUGAUGAUAGUUUCACUCCUAAGAGGUUAUCAAAAAAUAUAUAAAUGCUCUAAAGUUGACAAAAGUGUUUUGAUUCUUUCAAUGAUAUUCUCUGUCUUAGCGACACUAUUUAUGAUUAAGCUUGUGAAGAUGGAUAUUUAGAAAAAAUAGCCAAUUUAAACGAUUAUGCUUGAAGGGAUGAUUACUCCUAAAAAUCUAAUGGCUUAUUUCAUUUUGGGGAUUUCUUCAGGUUUAAUAUAAGGAGCUUUUGGAGUAAGCAUAGAACUUUUUGCUACUUAAUUUAUCUUAAUGAUGGGUAUUGAUCAAAUAACAACCAGAAAUAAUAUACUCAGAGUGACUCUUUUGUCCUCGUUCGCUGCAAGUUUUGUAGCAAUGACAGAAGGACUCUUAGACUAUGAAUAUACUUUCUUGGUUAUCAUGAUGACUCUGCUCGGUACAGUUCCAGGAGUAUAUAUUCAGAAUGCUGUUGUUUCUCAAACGUAGAGAUAAUCAUAUGUUAUGAUAAUUUACACCUUCUGUAUGAUAUUUAGUAUGAUCACAAUUCCUUCAUUUGAGAUAGAUUACUUGAUACAAACAGAAACAAGAUUAACUCAGUAUCAAUGGGAACAAAACUAUUGUUGA